CCCGCCCUAAAAUACAAAGAAGAAGAAGAAGUGUUGCCCACAUGCAUGGUAGUGCGUUCACACACAGCGCUUGAGGAGUGAGAAGAAGUGCGACUUUUGCGUCGAGGCGGUCGUUAAGCAGCUAUCAUGAAACCAGGAUUCAGUCCUCGUGGGGACAGAGGAGGAAGAGGAGGGGGUGGAGGGUUUCGUGGGGGGAGAGGAGGAGGAGGAGGAAGAGGAGGCUUUGGUGACCGGGGAGGAAGAGGAGGAUUCAGAGGAGGAAGAGGCGGAGGGUUCAAGUCCCCUGAAGGUGGAUUCAGAGGGCGAGGGGGAGGCAGGGGCACCCCAAGGGGCAGAGGAGGCCGGGGGGGCAGAGGAGGCUUUGGAGGAGGGAAGAAGGUGUUAGUGGAGCCACACAGACAUGAAGGGGUGUUUAUCUGCAGAGGGAAGGAGGAUGCCUUGGUGACAAAAAACAUGGUGGUGGGAGAGUCUGUUUAUGGAGAGAAGAGGAUCAAUGUAGAGGAAGGAGAGAUGAAGACUGAAUACCGGGCCUGGAAUCCCUUUCGGUCUAAGCUGGCAGCGGCCAUUUUAGGGGGUGUAGACCAGAUCCAUAUUAAACCGGGGGCGAAGGUCAUGUACCUUGGAGCCGCCUCUGGGACCACAGUCUCACAUGUUUCUGACAUUGUUGGACCGGAAGGGCUGGUCUAUGCUGUAGAGUUUUCCCAUCGAUCAGGUCGUGACCUUCUCAAUGUGGCAAAAAAACGAACCAACAUCAUUCCCAUCAUCGAAGAUGCCCGUCACCCACACAAAUACCGCAUGUUGGUUGGCAUGGUGGAUGUAAUCUUUGCUGAUGUUGCCCAGCCAGACCAGACAAGAAUUGUUGCUUUGAAUGCUCACAACUUCCUGAAGAACGGGGGACACUUUGUCAUCUCUAUCAAGGCCAACUGUAUAGACUCCACAGCAGCUCCAGAAGCAGUGUUUGCCUCAGAAGUGAAGAAGAUGAGUGCUGAAAACAUGAAACCACAGGAACAGCUCACACUGGAGCCCUAUGAGAGAGACCAUGCUGUAGUGGUGGGCGUCUACAGACCACCUCCUAAAAACAAGAAAUGAAACCUGAAAGAAAGCUCAGGACAGCUUGAGAUCAUCACCACACCCUGGCGUUGUCUGCUGCUCCACUCUCCACCUUGACCUGUCUAUAGACUGUUGCAGGCAGGGAAAACACCACCAGCUAAAUGUGGACAUAAUUUGGUCAGAGUUUUUCUAUUUUCUGAGCUCUUGGGACAGUUAACUCACUGCUUGGCUGUUUUUCACUAUUGCUGAUAAAAGCUGGGGUCACACUACACGGUGAGGAUGACUAUAACCACAAUGUGGCAUCCUGAUUGGGUUGAUUGGAUUAUGAUGAGUGACUCUCUAAUUCAGCUGGUUAAGUGUGUCUUCAUGUAGGGUUCUGAAAAGUAUGAUUUUUGUGAAAAGAAAAAUAAAAACAGCGGUUAAGUGAGAUGUCCUGUCUUUUCAGUGUUUAGUCAUGCAGUGUGUCUGAAUGUUGCUGUAGCAUAAGAGAACAGUGAUAUGAGACUUCACUGAAUGUUUUUGGAUGCACCAAUAUUUGUUAUUUCCUACUACCUGCAAAACGCUGAGAGCAGUUUGCAUCAUGAUUCAUAGAUUAUCUAAUUACAGAUCUCACAUUAAUAGUAAAUAUCCCCUCAAUUGUGUCCAGCCCUGUGAUGGCAGCUAUUUUGAUCUAGCGCCUUUAUUCCUCCCCUGCAGUCAGCUUUAUUCAGUAGAAAAUAAAUCAUCGAGCUAUGUCUCAUCUUUGUCUAAUGAUUGUUAAAACAUACCAGAGCUAGUAUAUUUUGUAUACUGGUGCACAGUGUCUUGUGGAGACCUGCUAAACAUAAGCACAAGAUCCUGUUUUUUGUUGAAAAAUGUGAUUUGAAUCCCAGUCCACCUGCAGGGUAUUUCACAGAGGAACUCUGGCCAUAGAACUAAAACAAUGUUAUGUAAUAUCAUAAGCAAUGUUAUGUUCCAGUCAACAUGCAUGACUGAAUCAAGUUUUAUUUUAUAGUUUCAGAUUAGCAUGAUCAGAACAUUGUCUUACCUGGCUAACUCCUAAUCCUCUGUGAAAUACUAUGGUUUGGUAAUGAGACAGCAUCAAACUUGAUUAGACUACAAUAGAUGGUGACUUUUUUCCCUCACUUUGUGAUUUUGUAAUUAGUUUCAAAUGUAUGUGUUUGAUCAUUAAGUCUAAAACAAACUGGUUUUAGACCAUUUAAAACAAGUUAUGCUUAAAACAGUUGAUGUAUGCUUUGCCUUAGGUUUUUUUUUAUUAUUUUAAAUAAACAUUUUUUUGGA